AUGACUUCAAGCAUAAAACUCCGCCCAUCGCCUCCUCAGGCCGAUCUUCUAGUGAACAAUUCGUCCUUCAAAGUUGUGGAACCACCUCAACGAUGCGCGCAGCGAGGGUGUUGCGGCAACCAGCCGCGCGGCGGUACUCCAUGCGUCCUAGAACGUCUUUUCUCCAAAGUCUUUGUAGUGCCUCUGUAUCGUGAAAACCUCUACCUGUUCUUCGUCCUCUUUUCGGCGGCUGCCUGCUUUCUCUCCACCCUCCGUACCCUCUCUUUGCUAUCCUUCACAAGUGGAACUUUGGUGGCCGGCACCAGCUUGAUGCAACCGCUUCUGAUGCUGGCAACUUUUGCGACCUGCGUAGUGGGUAUAGUAUGCACUAAAUCGCACGUCACCCUUUCACGUCGCAUCUGCUCUCUGCACAUGUCCUGGUACUCCUCUCGUCUUAAUAGACGUCUCCAGCGCGCCGUUUGGUGUGUGCCAGUCGUCCUCGCCUUUUAUACCAUAGCUUGCCUUCCGAUUCCAACAGAUCGCAAUUUCUCCCUUUCUUCACUCCUGACUCUCUCCGCUUUCUGUCAUUUGAGACCACCGCCAGCCUUUGAGACUCCCGCCUUUAACGCUUCCGUGCGAUCGAAUGCCACUGCAGGUUAG